AUGCACUAUGUAUAUCUCUGCUUUCUGCUUGUGGCAGGAGCAAUGGCCAUCCCUGGCCAUCGCCUUCCACGAUCCGUGACUGCAAUCUCCGAGCCCACAACAACAGCAACAAUUAUCACCGAGAUGAUUUCAACGACAAGUACAGAGCCAUCAAGCCCGCUUAUUCGUGUCAACGUGAACAAUGGCACGGAUGAGCUCGAUCUGGGUAAAUGGGCCAAGUUGUUUGCGGAUGUUUACUUUAGCAAUUCCAACUCGACCAGCAAAGUGUCCGAGACUCUUUCGUUCAUGAAGACUUUUAACAUCAUAGCCGGAAUCAGCGAGUGUUAUUUCGACAUUUCCGAUACUGCUAGCUGUGAAACACAUGUUGUGAAGCCUGCGGUUAAAUACACCAAAUUGGGCAUUACAAAAUCGCGUGAAUGGUGGAGGAAGGUUGGUGAGAGAAUCACCACGUCAUGGACGCAAUCGCGAACACGGGCUACAGCUUUUGUGACGAACUUCACUCAUUACGACGUUAGCGCCAGGGGUGUCAGUGGCUACCUUGGCCUCGCUCAGGGAACACUGAAAUUGUUAAUUCGUUCCUUUGGCUCUUCAUCAUCCUCAGCGUGGGCCGACAUUAGUAGCACCGGACUUUCUUUUGCAUCCGGAAUAGUCAUUGCUAUUCAACCUGAUGUAGCGAAGAUGUUCAAAAACGAGUUCAAAGACGUUGACACUUUCAAAAUGGCCCUUCGCAAUUCUACAGACCUGUUGAAGAAGGCGACUAUAACCGGACUGGCGGCUUCUGCGAUCAAUACCGCCUGGGCAUUGGACGGCCUGUUUAUUGCGAAGGCAUCUACCAAGGUGAAUGGUCAAAGGCCGUCUGCGAUGGAUCUUAUGAUUCUGGAUGAUGAAGCCCGCACCUGUGAUAAGAACGACAUGUGCUACUUCUUUAUCAUCGCCCAGGACAUUAACAACAUCUCAGGCCACAGCUGGGUGGGAGCCAAAGGCCUCGACAAGUUGACCAAGUACAACAUCACGCCGCUUGAAUUUGCAAAGUCAGCUGCCUGGUUCCAAGACCAGUUUAGUGGAUACCUCACCUACCCAAACUCUUCAGCUCUUCUACAUUCCCUUCAAAGCAAGGAGUCCCGACCAUCUCUAAGCUACUUUGUCAAUGUCCCUGUUGUGGACCUUGACAAAUCGCAUGCCACCAAGUCAAACGAAACUUAUUCAGCAUCCAACAAGAAGGCAUCCUCGGAGGAGACUUUUCUAAGUGCUCUAGCGCACGAAGUCAGCACCCUCAAGAGUUGGCCAUACUCUAAGAUGUCAAACGAGCGUGCACAGCACCGAGGAGCAUGA